AUGUCUUUCAAGGCCAUUGUUACCUUUGUCCUCGCUGCCGGCUUCGUUGCCGCAAAGCCCAUCAGCCACCAGUCUGGCCUUAGCCUCGACAGGCGCCAGGUCGACAUCAGCUCCGUCAUCAACGGCUUCAACCGCAAUGAUGGCGCCUUCAACUUCAUCGACGGUUUCAACAACUUCAACAAGCAGCAAAAGGUCAUUCAGAUUCAGCAGCAGAACAUCCGGGUCGUCGAUGACGGCUUCCGCCAGCAAAUUGUUCAGCAGAUCCAACAGGUCCUCAUCGUUGACCAGGUCAACAACGGCUUCAACAACGAUCUGAACAACCUCUUCCGCAAGAGCAACUUCCAGAACCAGUUCCGUGACAGCAGAACCGAUGUCAUCAUCGUUCAGGAGAUUGUUAUUGUCAUUGAUGAUGGCCGUGGCCGCACGCGUGAGCAGAGCUUCUUUGCUCAGAACAUCAUUGUUGCCAACCGCGGUGGCCGCAACAGGCAGAGCGUCAUGAUCUUCGAUUCCCGCAAGCUCAUUGCCAGCGAUAUUCUUCGCGACAACGCCUUUGACAGGAUUGGACGCUUCAAUGGCAUUGCUGGUGCCACUGGCCCCAUUAACGGAGCGCUUCCCCUAAAGACCCGGGGCUACCAAAUCUUUGACGAGCGACCCAGCCAUGCCAACAUUGUCGAGGACCCUGCUGCAAUUCUCGGUGGCAUCUGGCAGGGUGCAGUUGAGGACCUUCAAAGCAACGAUGAGGAUGAGAACGAUAAUAAGCUUAAUGAGUCGCUUGCUGCCCAGGAGCUUGGGGAGCUCCUGAAGCAACAGGGUAACUACACCAAGAGCAACAACGAUCAGUAG